CUGACGUGGUGGGAGAGCAGACCGUGCCGCCGGGAUUUUCACCAUCGCGAAGUUAAAAGGGAGCUUUCUGGACGCGUCCGAUGUGCGCCAAGGCGGAGGUGUCAGUACUACGGCUGAGCGUGGAUGUGGACGUGGCAGGAGUUGCUGUGAUGCUGCGCACAGACCUAGGUCGACAGUGGAGCUGCAGAGCCGUGCCACGAGCACAGCUCCAGCUACAGGGCCUGCCCGGCUCCUGCCGUCUGCAGCCCGGAGAGCGGGGCUGGGAUGGCCAGCAUCGCAGCAGAGAUGUGGAGUGGUUGACAAAGGGUGUGGCUCGAGGGACGCAAAGGAAACACCCCUGAAUUUUUUCGCUUGAGCCUUACUAGCCCUCGAGCCAGAGCUUCACUAAUGCACUGCCCAUCUGGAUAUGUCCCUGGGUUGUUAAAACCUUAAUAACACGGUGAAUGUGAAAGCAUAUAAUCAAAUUAAAAUAUAUAUCAGUCUUCUGUCUGGGGUGUAGUGCAGUGGGCUUGCAGGCAGUGUUUGAAGUUAGAGCCAAGAUCAAGGCAGGGGAAAUUCCUGUCUGAGCUUAACUGCUGGGAGCUGCCUCCUGCGGGUGCCCGACUCCCUGUGGGCCAAGAACUUUUAGGAUGAGCCUUGGCCAUAGCUCUGUCACAGAAAGGGAACAGAAGACUCCUGUGAGGGGGGAAAGGGAUGUAAGAGUGCAGGGCCUUAGCAGUGUUUCAGAAGCAGACUGUAAGUAAGCCCAUCAAGUUCACGAAAGGGUGCUAUUUGCUGCCUCUGUCUCUGCAUUGUUGCAGAUAACUUCAGAUAUCUUUUGCAUAUUCUGUGAGACAGGUAUAUAGAGUGAGUUUAUAAAUAGUUGCUUUGAAAGAGAACCAAAACCUCGCUUGCCUGUUCAUAACAGAUGGCUGAGAUAAGACACUAAUACAAGAGUAAGAGGUGGGAGACGGAGGUAACACACAGUUUCGAUGUAACCCUUGAAAGCUCUGUGGCUUUGUGCUGCGUUUACUGAAGAGUGUACUUGAAGAAGAGGAGCCCAGACUUUAUUUUGCCAUUAUACAUACGUGUGGGGUCCCGCACUGUACUUAGAUGGUGCUGGGUGGAGCUAUCUCCUCUUCAGUCUUCUACUGCAGAAAGCUUUUGUCAGGAGUGUUAUAUAAACUCAUCUGCUUUACAAAUCAGCAGGAGGAGGAAAAAGGAAAUGAUGUGGAAGUCUGGACUAAUAUAACAGUUUUCACAGAGACCUCCCCUACCUGUUUCUGAUGGCUUUUCUCAGGCUGAUGUGUGAAGAUGGUUAAUUAAAAAUAUGAAUUUGGCACUUUGGCUUUGUCAGAGAAAAUAAAUUCCCUCAUAAGAUGGGGAAGAGAACUUUGGUAUGCUCUCCUCCCAGAUUUCUGAACUCCAUCUAUAGUGAUAUGGAAAACACUCUCCAUGUGGAAAAAAGUCAGAAUGAAUGACAGUCAGGACAUAAUGAAAGCGAGGUUGGUGAGUCAGAGGAAUGGCUCUUGCCUAGCUGCAAUAAGUGUGGCAGUAUCACCUGCAUUUUUCCCCCUCUUUCAUUCAUUUCUUGUUUCAUGUAUGAGCAUGAGACAGUACAAGCGUAAGGAAUGUAAAGUUCUUGCAAAUGUUUUUACAGAAGAGAGGAUAAAGGAAGUAAUCUUUAUGGAUGUUCUUAAAACGUCAGGGAUCCUUUGGAGGAAGAGUAGGUUACAUGGCUGAAGCCUACAGUCCUUUCUUUGUGCAGACUUCCCUUAAAAUCUUGGCCAGGGGUUUAGUUUUGCAAAAAUACAAAUGAAUAACUUAUUUUCUUGUUAGUAAGUCUAUUAAGUGUUUUGAGAUGAAUUUGUAGGCUCAGAGGCUGACUGGGAACUGCUAGAGCCAUUGUCAGUUGAAAAGAAAACUUUCUAAUACAUGUAUUUCUUUCUAAUACAAAAAAUAAAUUUCCUCUUAUUUAUAAAAUAAAACCACCUUUCCAGCUGUGUAUCUAAUCAGUAAACAUGGCAGCACAUGUGGCAUGACUGAUUAAUAUACCCUUCAGCCAUAGGCAUGAGGCAGGGCAGCACACAUUACUCAGCACUUGCCAUCCUGCCAAAGCCUUGAGGUAUUUUGUUCAUGAUGAAUUCCUGUUGCAGCCAGUGGGAGUGCUUACUCUACUUUACAAACUUUAAAAAAGUACAACCCACACAUGCACAAAAAAAAAAAAAGACUUCUCAGCAGUCUUGAGACCAGAAUGCUAUUUGGCCCCAAAAUUAAGUAACACAUUAUUUCCAUUGGUGUGCCUGAGCAAAUACAAGAGCAGAUGAGCUUGAUGGCCACUCACCCCUUGCCCUUCUCCCUGUUGCUGCCAUUAGAACAUCAAUAAAGAUAGUUUUUGUAGUUGAGAAGCUUCAUAGCACUCCUGAGCCAGUGGUAAUAACCUGUGUUAACCUGAGACAGAAGUCAGUCAGUCCCUUUGACUGCUGCUACAGCUUUGUUCUCAGCCCAUUUGCGUGCAUGCAUCCCUGCUCACUAACAGCAUGUUUGUAUAUGCAUAAUCAGGUACUGGUAAUUUAGAACAAUGAAGCCUUUCUAUGUUUUUAUGUUAAAAACUAGUUAUCAAGAAAAACUGGUCUUCAGGAACAGCAGGAUGUCAUGAUUAAUGCUUCCAUUCCCCAGCCAUUCCCAGCUCUCCUUUUCCCCUAGUUUUUCCCAGUUAUACUUCAUGUUCGGGUGCUGACCUCAGGUUUAAUCUCCUGGUAGAGUGUAAUCUCAGCUGUUCUGUAUUCAGAAGUAUGCAGGAUAGUGUUUGUUCUUUGUUUUGUUUUUUUCCUUAGUAAAGACUUGCAGCCCACAGGAAUCUAUAUAGAGCUGGAGUGGCUCAGGGUUACAGAUGCAAACUCUCUCGGCUUGAGCUUGAUUUUUCACUGCCAUGCAUUUCCUGGAUAAUCUAAGGCAGGUCAGUGAGGUCAAGGGUCCUCACUGGAGGGUAUGUAUAUAGAUCUGUAAGGCUCUAGAUGCUGAUGUAUGUGCCAUAGGGUGAUUUCAGGUAGGGAGCAUGAGAGGAAUACAUGAGGGAGCAAGGGCCAUCAGGAUCUUAGUAAGGAUGCAGGUAAAGAUAAAAUUGUGUUAACCAUCUGGAUUUUUGUUUUAGGUGCGUUCCCUUCAAGCCACAUUUGGAGAUUUUGAAUCCAUGAUGAAAAUUGCUCAGCAGAAGCAGGAGGUUACUGAGAAGGCGGUUAAGCAAGGGGAGAACGAAAUUAAUCGGAUCAGCGAAGUGCUUCAGAAGCUGCAAAAUGAAAUUUUGAAAGACUUGUCUGAUGGCAUCCACAUGGUGAAGGAUGCUAGGGAACGAGACUUUACAUCACUGGAAAACACAGUGGAAGAGAGACUAACGGAGCUAACCAAGUCUAUCAAUGAUAACAUUGCUGUAUUCACUGAAGUCCAGCAAAGGAGCCAAGAUGAAAUAAAAAAUAUGAAAGCAAAAGUUGAUUCACUAGAAAAAGCAGAUGAAUAUAAGCAUGAAAUAAAGGUGCUAAAGGAUGCAUUUGGUGAGUUGCAAGCAUCCAUGAAAACCAAAGAAAAAGACAUAGAGACCUUAAAGAAUACAAUAAACUCUAUGGAGUCUGAUGUUUAUACUGAAGUGAAAGAGUUAGUCAAUCUCAAACAGGAGCAUGAGAAAUUCAAAGAGGCUGCAGACACUGAGCACCUCUCAAUAAAAGCUUUACAAGAGAAAGUUUUGAGAGCAGAGGAGUCUAUUAUGCAGCUCCCUGAUGACAUUAAAAGACUUGAUGAAGAUUUACUGCAUAUUAAAGCUGAGCUCAGCAAAUGGGAAGAAAAUGAACUCUUUAGAAAAGCAUUAGAAACUUUUGAAAGUAACAGCGAAGGACUAGAGUCUCGAUUGAGGCACAUAGAGGAGAGCUUGAAGUCUGUAAGUUCUGUUGCUUCUCAGCAUGACGAAAAGUUACAGUCAUUCCUUUCUAAGGAGGCCGAGUAUGACAACAAGCUCAGUACUCUAGAACAAAGCAUGAGUGGUCUUCAAGGAAUCACAGAUAUGGACAUAACUUCAGUCUCAGAUGUUCUGAAAAAUCUUGGUGAAUCACAGACUUCGCUGUACAAUGAUGUAGAGGACUUAAGAAGAAGUAUCAGUGACUUGCCAUCCUCAGGUGUCCUUCAGGAUGUCCAGAAGCAAAUUAGUAUUUUGUUGGAUCAAGGAAGUCUUCAGAUGGGUCAAGCACAUUCUCAAGGAUAUCUUGAAAAAUUUAAUUCUGUGGAAGGCUCUGUGGAUGAACUGAGAUCUUCUGUCAGCCAGGUUGAUUCUGAUUUGAAAAUGAUCAGAACUGCAGUGGAUAGUUUAGUCUCCUACUCUGUGAAAAUUGAGAAUAAUGAGAACAACUUGGAGUCUGUCAAGAGCUCCAUAGACGACCUGAGGAAUGAUCUGGAAAGAUUGUUUGUGAAAGUUGAAAAAAUACACGAAAAAGUUUAGGCAGCAUUGCUCCUUGUGCAUAUAUUGGAUUAAAGAAAAUAGCUUUUGUAUGCCCAGUUUUUUACUCUUUUUAAAAGCAAUUUGAUACCUCCAAAGAGAAUACUUUAAUAAUAGAGACAGUUCUGCUUAUUUCCUUUA